AUGCAGCAUUUUGGAUUGGUUGAAGACUGCAAACUGCAGGACUGGUCUGUCAUUGGAUCUGGGGGUUUUGGAGAGAUCUAUAAGGCCAAACACAAAGAUUUGGGGAUGGAGGUGGCAAUCAAACUACUGCAUCGUGAUGAUGGUUCUAGUGCAUCUCUGCAGGAGGAGGCUGAGUUCAUGCAGCAGGGUGGGAGCCCGUAUGUGGUGCGUGUUUUUGGGGUGUACCGGGGGGUUCCCCCUGGCAGGUGGCUCUCGAGCCAGAUGGGCCUGGUGAUGGAGCUGAUGGAGAGGGGGUCUGUGGAGUCCCUCCUGAAGAGGCUGAGGGGCCCCCCUCCCUGGCCCCUGGCCUUCCGCCUGGCUCAUCAGGUGGCUCUUGGCAUGAACUUCAUGCACAAGCUUUCCCCCCCACUGCUGCACCUCGACCUCAAGCCCAGCAACGUGCUGCUGGACCACGGCUUCGGAGCAAAGAUCACAGAUUUUGGUCUGGCCCGACUGAUGCGCAGUAUUUCCAGUGUGGGGGGGCAGGGGGAGGGGAGAGGCACGCUAAGCUACAUGCCCCCCGAAGCCUUCCAAACAUCCUACAAAGCCACGCCCGCCUCUGACUCCUACAGCUAUGCCAUCCUGCUCUGGUCUAUAAUCACUGGCAGGGAGCCCUAUGGUGAUGCUAAGCACUGCGUGAUCCGGCUUUGGGUCCAGGACGGGGACAGGCCCAGUCUGGAGGGGGUGAACAGGGCAGCAGUUGAGGGCUUGGGGGAGAUCAUUGACCUCAUGGAGAGAUGCUGGGACCCCAGCCCCCAAAAACGCCCCUCUUUCCAUGACUGCUUCCCAGUGGCAGAGAAGGUGUUUCAGCUGCACAGCCGUGGAAUUCAUGAUGCCAUCCACCAGGUGUCCAAAGCACUGGAUGAAAAGCGAGCGAUAUCUCCAACUCCAAUACCCAAGGGUACAGCUUUGCACACACUGUCCUGCUGAUGAACACACCGCCAUCUCAUUCCCAACAAACACACUGCCAUCUCAUCCCCAACAAACACACUGCC